CCUCUUGUGUCUUUAAUCACAUCACAUAUCUCCUCUCAUCACAAUGGGCAGCGUCGCUAACCCCAAGACCGGAACUUUCCUGUUCACCUCCGAGUCCGUCGGAGAGGGUCACCCUGAUAAGAUUGCUGACCAGGUCUCCGAUGCCAUCCUCGAUGCCUGCCUUGCUGAGGACCCCCUCUCCAAGGUUGCCUGCGAGACUGCCACCAAGACUGGUAUGGUCAUGGUUUUCGGUGAAAUCACCACCCAGGCCAAACUCGACUACCAGAAGGUCAUCCGUGGUGCCAUUCAGGACAUCGGCUACGAUGACUCCGCCAAGGGUUUCGACUACAAGACUUGCAACGUCUUGGUUGCCAUUGAGCAGCAGUCUCCCGAUAUCGCCCAGGGUCUCCACUACGAGGAGGCUCUUGAGAAGCUCGGUGCCGGUGACCAGGGUAUCAUGUUCGGUUAUGCCACCGACGAGACCCCUGAGCUCCUCCCCCUCACCCUUCUCCUCUCCCACAGACUCAACAGCGCCAUGAAGGAGGCCCGCAACGACGGCUCCAUCCCCUGGCUCCGCCCCGACACCAAGACCCAGGUCACCAUCGAGUACGCCCACGACAACGGUGCCGUCAAGCCCCUCCGUGUGGACACCAUCGUCAUCUCUGCCCAGCACAGCGAGGACGUCACCACUGAGGAGCUCCGUGCUGUCCUCAAGGAGAAGAUCAUCAAGAAGGUCAUCCCCGCUGAGCUCCUCGAUGACCGCACCGUCUACCACCUUCAGCCCUCCGGCCGCUUCGUCAUCGGUGGUCCCCAGGGUGAUGCCGGUCUGACUGGUCGUAAGAUCAUCGUCGACACCUACGGUGGCUGGGGUGCCCACGGUGGUGGUGCCUUCUCCGGUAAGGACUACUCCAAGGUCGACCGCUCCGCUGCCUACGUUGCCCGUUGGAUCGCCAAGUCCCUCGUCAACGCUGGCCUUGCCCGCCGUGCCCUCGUCCAGCUCUCCUACGCCAUCGGUGUCGCUGAGCCCCUCUCCAUCUUCGUCGAGACCUACGGCACCUCUGAGAAGUCCUCUGACGAGCUCGUCGAGAUCAUCCGCAACAACUUCGAUCUCCGCCCCGGUGUCAUCGUCAAGGAGCUCGACCUGGCCAAGCCCAUCUACUUCCAGACCGCCAAGAACGGUCACUUCACCAACCAGUCCUUCUCCUGGGAGAAGCCUAAGGCUCUCAAGUACUAAGCGUGUCAAACGCUGUACCCGAGCACCUGCUUCUCUUGUGAGUAUGUUUGCGUUACGAAUGUGAUGAUUUUGCUUUGUUUUCAACAACUCAAAGCAUGAGCAUAGACAUGUCAAAAAAAGCAAUUGUUUCCUUUGGAUUGUUUGUCCACUUUUUGCAUGGUCGUCUCCACAAGAGGCGGGUUCGGCGAGGAUAAAUUCAACAUGAUACCACUUUUCAUAUAUUGGGAGGGUUGUUACACGGCGUUUUCGGGAGCGAAAGUCUUCAACACUGCCUCCUCCAGGGUCCCGGGGGACUCGAUGGGCCAGACCACGAGUGCCUUCGGAGUCGCGCGGUGCGUGGCUUCGGCGUGUGGUGUUGUCCGUCGGCUCCCUCGGUCUGGACUUUCGGAAGUUUCCGAUAGG